CGCAGCACAACCAGGAACCUGAGCUAACUUUGUUUUUUGAACCUUGACCAAGCUUGAAUUGGACUGUUCCUUUCGUGCCACGAAGCCACUGGUCGUCCUACUCCCUUCUUUUUCUUCUCUCCUUUGUUCUACUGGCGUUGGUGUAACUCUUGAUAGCCUCAACCGGCACGUCAAUUGACUCGUGGAACUGCUUUCGUCUUUCUCUAUUGCACUGCAAAUCAUUAAUUAUGAUUUUGAGGCAUUCAGGGCGCCUGGUGCGUCGCCUCAACCAACCUGUCAGCUCCUUGAACUUGGCACGACCAGUUGGACCGCAGAUUCGGUAUCUGGGGCCGAGAUGCACAAAUAGCAAUGUUGUCAGCAAGCUUCGAUUCUCAUCUCAAGCUCGCAAAAGAAAAGCGGAAGAAGCACCUGAGUAUAAUGCAGAGGCAGAGGCAGAGACUCAGAAAGGCCCCAAGUCCUCCUCCUCAGAGCCUUCACUUCUAGGCAAGAUGGGAGAGGCCGCGGCCACGACCUUUGCGUCCAUAGUGGUGUUGGGUCUGGGCUUUGCUGCUGCGGGCUAUAUUUAUCACAAGUUUUACAAGAUGCUCGUCCUCCAAAAGAUGAACCAUGCUUUUGAGCCAGGGGAUCCGGUCCUGGAUUUGGCUGCAAUUGGUAAAGAUGUUCCUCAUCAACCAGGUGGUUCUGGCGAACAUUGGAUAUACCGCCCGGAGCAGCAGCGUGUUGAUGACAUUGUCAUGGGGCGCGUUGUCGGGCACUAUUACCUUUUGAUCGGUGAUAAGGGGUCUGGUAAGAGCAGCAUGCUUAUUGAUGCUAUGCGAAAGAAUGAGGGUGAUGGUGUUGCCAUGUUCGAAGCGCACGCAGACCUGGAGAUCUUCCGUAUUCGUCUUGGCAAGGCCCUCGAUUAUGAGUUUCACGAGGAUUACAUCGGAGGGUACUUCAGUGAGAGGGGUCCCCGCGAAACCACAGCUCUUCUGGACAUUGAACGUGCUCUCAACAAAUUGGAGAAAGUGGCCAUGCAGAAGCGAAGAGAAAGGGGCAAGCCUUUAGUGGUGAUUGUCAACCAGAUGCACCUCCUUCGCCAUGAUGAUGAUGGUCGAGAUGUCAUUGAACUACUACAGCAACGGGCUGAACAGUGGGCUGCUGCCAACAUUGUCACUAUGGUUUUCAACUCAGAUGACUACUGGGUGUAUGAGCGCCUCAAACAGCUUGCUACCAGAAUGGAGGUUCUCCCUGUCACUGAUCUACCUAAACAACAAGCUAUUUCGGCUCUCCAGCGAUAUCGUCAGAAGUACUGGAAGGAAAGCAUUGACGCCGCAGUUCUCGAAGAAGUCUAUGAAAGGGUCGGAGGGCGGCUGAGCUUUCUCAACCGAGUAGCAAAGAGCAGGGAUAUGAUGGGAACUUGCGAAAGGAUCAAGGAAAUUGAAAAGAAGUGGUUCCUCAACCAGUGUUGGAUUCUCGGUCCAGAGAUGGAUGACGAUGUCAUGGAUCAACAGAAGUGGGCUGCUGCCGCUAUGUGUUUGGCCAAGGCAUUGGUCGACAAGGAAAAGGAUAUGGAAGAACAUGAGACCUACGACCCUAUUGUUGGACAUGUGCUUCCGACCUACCCUUUCCACAUCGCUCAGCAAAUCAUGACCCGCUGUGACUUUAUCCGAGAUCUCGAUCGAUUGAACCUCUUCAGCAUCACCAGUGAGGCAGAUGUUCGAGCGAGCAGCGUUCCGAUGCAUCGGGCUUUCAGAGAAAUUUGUGCUGAGCCUAACUUUGAAAAGCACCUGGAGGGCACGAUACAAAGAAUUGCUGAUAUCGAAAGUUUGGGCCGCACUCGCGAGCUUGUUGCCAAAGACUUGGUUCUUGGUGGACAGUAUGAGAUCGAGCAUAACCGCAAGGGUAUCACAGUGAAGCUGAAGGAGGCUGAGAAGGAAGAUGACUGAGGCAAUUGCGUGCGCUUUUGGAUUUGCUUCCAUGGAAGUAAAUGGGAAUGAUGACACCCUAUUAGUGUUUUUGGAUUUCUCUGGUCAUAUACGCCUGAAUGAGGUAUGACCGGAAUAAUGUUGAAGGACAGGCGCAGGUGAUGGAUGUUUUUGGGUCUGAUGAAGUGACCUGUACAAUAACUGACUGACUUACAUAGAUUUUCUUGGCACGUGUCGAAAUAACUCUGUACAAACCUGUACUAUUUCUUUAGAUUAGUGUAAUAAACAACAACUGUAUAUAUUUGACUCUCAAUG